CUGAACGGCCUCAACGUCUUGAACCCAGACUCGGACACAUUCCUGAGGUUCGGGCUUACGACUCAAGAGCUGCCGUUACACGACUAUCUCCGUUGCGAGCGCUCUGUCGUGAGGCUGACAGACAUGCUCAAAGUCCACAACGGCCCCGUUCACUCACCCAUCAAUACAGCAAUGUCGAGAGCUCUGAAUAAGCACAUCAUCGCUGCUCUGAAGCAAGGCGACCACGAGCAAAUCUUCAACGACAUUUCCGGGCUUUUUGCCCAGCCACAGGAUGAUGGUGUCCUCGAAGUUGAAAUCCUAGGCCAGGGCCAUCCAAUGGGCCCGGACGAGAACUUCCUACGAGACGAAAAUGCAGUUGCGAUCCCCAAGCUGCGUAUCGUCCAGGCCUUUCUCUUCGCCAGAAAGAUUCUCCAGAAGUACCAAGCCAAUGGUUCCGAGGGGCGUGAGCAGCUGAUGGCCGCGACAAGCGUACUGCUUCUGAUGGACCCCGAGCACCUCACAGCCGCCAACACCAGGAAGCGUCUUCUCUCCGAUGCGAUCUCCACAGGUGACACCGUGAAGGCGUAUCUAGCACGGGAGAAGUGGUUUGUGGACAGUCUGCUCACCAGCCGACUUCAUCGACACACAAAGUCACCGACGUUGUGGAAUCAUCGACGUUGGCUGUCGGAGCGAUACCGUGAUGCCGGGCUUCCUGUCUUGGUUCAACAGGACAUCGAAACAGUCGCCAUGAUGGCUGGAGAGCGACAUCCGCGAAACUAUUAUGCAUGGACUCAUGCCCGGUGGUUGACAAAGACGUUUCUGGUCGUUUCCGAGCUAGACGUGCUCGUGUCACUGAUCCAGAGUGCUAAGAAGUGGUCUUUCAGGCAUCAUUCAGAUAUUUCCGGCUGGUCUUUCCUCGCUCAUCUACUUGAUAGACUAGGGAAAGACGACAGGGGGACAGUUUCGUUGGUUUAUAAUGAGACUUUGGAUCUGGUAGAAUCUCUCCGGUGGUACAAUGAGUCAGUCUGGUCGUUUCUACGCACAAUAGCAUCUUGGCCAGUACUGGAACAAAUCGAUAGGGGUAGAUUCGUGAGUGUUCAAGAGUGCCUGGUAGCAACCAGCGCUAAGAACUCUAUCGAAGCCGCAGCACUGAGAAAGGCGCGGACCUGGUGGGAUGUGUACGGCUCCAAUGAUGAGGCAGCCUGUACAGAAGACCAGUUAACGUGAUAUUGGUAAAAUAGAGGAGGAGGAAACCAGCAAAAUCCCGGUGCCAGUGCUGAUUAUACGAGUCCAAAAUUAGACUUCUGGAAGAGGCAUACAUCAAGCUCAUUUCUCAGGUACAAUGAGCUUCCAGGUUGAGCCUGGAUCCAUUUCGUAACAAUGGGAUUUGACUUGGGAAACGUUGCUUCCAUUGGAAAAUAAGAAUAAGCAGCGGCAUUGCGCCUAGCGCAGUAGAGCAGAGAGCACCGCAGAUGAGAUGCUGAUGGGAAUCAUGCCUAGUUUGCUAAUACUUGCAAAUGAUUGCAAUCAAUGUCUUUACGUGGUGAUUCUCCAAGGGAUCAACAAGAUCAAGAAGCUCUGGCCUUCCAAGUUCCAACAGCACAUAGUACAAUGCAUCUUGUAAUUGGGACCAUUCUUGGAGCAACGAAUCGACCAACAGCCGACAGCCACGCCGAGCUGAUU